AUGGUUCCAAACGAAGACCAUCAGCACACGGGGAUUGUCCACUUGCUCCUCCAUUUCAAAUGGACAUGGGUUGGGCUUCUUCUGGCAGAAGACGAAAGCGGUGAACAUUUUGCGGAAGUUCUGGAGCCGGAGCUGUCCCGGAAUGAAAUCUGUUUGGCCUUCACCGAACGAAUCCAGAAACAAUUCUUUUGGGAUAGUGUGGAGGACAUUAACAAAUACGCCUCAAAUAUUUAUCGAUAUUUUCCCUAUAGCAAUGCCAGCGCACUCAUCUUCUAUGGAGAAUCCAUGGCACUCAUCCCUUUCAGCACGUUCAUGUUUAUGGCAGACCCCCACGUUCAGGAAAGUGCUUCGUUUAAAAAAGUGUGGAUCACAACAGCCCAGAUUGAUUUUGUACUGGGAGGUCAUCAAAGGAACGGGCAUUUGCAAUAUUUUCAAGGGGCCAUUUCCUUCACAGUCCACACGAAGGAGGUUCUAGGGUUCCAGACGUUUCUUCAACACGUAACAUUUGACCAGGCCUCAGUUCUCCAGCUCUUCUGGGAACAAGCAUUUAACUGUGAGUUUCGAGACCCAUCGGAGAUGUGGGUUGAAGGAGCAUGCACUGGGAACGAGAAGCUCGAGAGCCUUCCAGGUCUAUUGUUUGAUAUGCACAUGGCCGGCCACAGCUAUAGCAUUUAUAAUGCAGUCUAUGCCGCAGCACAUGCGCUGCAUGAUUUUCACUCAUCAAGAUUCAGUCACAGAGCAGAGGCGGGUGGUCGGAGAUUUGAAUUUCAACAUGUCCAGCCUUGGCAGAUGCACCAAUUUCUUCACGGCCUUUCUUUUAACAACUCCGCUGGAGAAAGUAUGUUUUUUAAUAAUAAUGGAGAAUUGGAUGCUGGGUUCGAAAUAACGAACUUGGUCAUCUUCCCAAACAAGUCGUUUCAGCGUGUGAAAGUCGGAAGGGUGGAUCCCAGGGCUGGGAAAGGAAAAGAGUUCACCAUCAAUGAAGAUCUGAUUACAUGGCAAGCGAGUUUCAACCAGGCACUUCCACUGUCGGUGUGUAAUGAUUUCUGUCCUCCUGGGUUUCAGAAGAAAAAGAAGGAGGGGGAGAAAUUUUGUUGCUACGAUUGUUCUCCGUGCCCGGAAGGGAAGAUUUCAAACCAGAGGGACAUGAAAGACUGCAUUAAAUGCCCAGAAGAUCAAUAUCCAAAUGAGGACCAGGAUGAAUGUCACCCCAAAGUUAUAACCUUCCUAUCGUUUCAAGAACCUUUGGGAAUCGGUUUGGCUUCAGUGGCUGUUUCUUUUUCCCUGAUCACAAUUUUGGUACUAGGAACUUUCAUUAAACACAGAAAUACGCCCAUUGUCAGAGCCAACAACAGGGAGAUCACCUAUGUUCUCCUCAUCUCCCUCCUGCUAUGCUUUCUGUGCACUUUUCUCUUUCUUGGACAUCCUAGAAAAGUGACCUGCUUCCUCCGCCAGUCUGCUUUUGCUGUCAUCUUUACAGUGGCUGUUUCUUGUGUCUUGGCCAAAACCAUCACUGUGGUUGUAGCUUUCAUGGCCACCAAACCUGGGUCUAAUAUGAAGAAAUGGGUGGGGAAAAGAUUGACCACCUCCACUGUCCUUUUCUGUUCUCUUCUUCAAGCAGGCAUUUGCAUGGUGUGGCUCGGAACGUCACCCCCCUUUCCAGAUUUUGAUAUGCAGUCACUGACUAGAGAGACAGUGGCAGAAUGUAAUGAAGGCUCUGUCACCAUGUUUUACAGUACCUUAGGUUACAUGGGAUUUCUGUCCUUCAUCAGCCUGACUGUGGCUUUUCUAGGUAGGAAGCUGCCCGACAGUUUUAAUGAAGCCAAGUUCAUCACGUUCAGUAUGGUCAUGUUUUGCAGUGUUUGGUUAUCUUUUGUUCCAACCUAUCUGAGCACCAAGGGGAAAUACAUGGUCGCCGUGGAGAUCUUCUCCAUCUUGUCCUCUAGUGCUGGUUUGCUGGUUUGUAUCUUUUCUCCUAAAUACUAUAUUAUUGUACUCAGGCCUGAGCUGAACACAAAAGAGAAGAUUAUCAGGAGAAAGGACUGA